AUGAGCCUCCACCCACAAUAUCUGGAAUCAUUCCUCCGCACGCAGUUCUACAUGCUACGUAUGGAUGGACCCCUGCCUUAUCAUUACAGACACUACAUUGCUAUCAUGGCUGCAGCACGACAUCAGUGUGUGUACUUGAUAAAUAUGCAUAUGGAUGAGUUCUUGAACACAGGAGGAUCAUCAGAAUGGCUGAACGGCUUAGAGUAUGUGCCACAAAGGCUGAAAAACCUUAACGAAAUCAACAAGCUUCUUGCACACAGGCCUUGGCUAAUCACAAAAGAGCACAUACAGAAAUUGGUGAAGACAGGAGAGAACAAUUGGUCGCUGGCUGAGCUGGUGCAUGCGGUGGUACUGCUGGCUCACUACCACGCAUUGGCAAGUUUUGUAUUCGGCAGUGGCAUCAACCUCGAGAGAGACACCGUACCUCCGAAUGGGCUCCACUUGGUGGUGAAAAACAAGUUUUGCGUUUGUGAUCUUGCCAACGAUAACAGUAUAGAGAACACAAGCCUGACAAGUAACAGCACUGAGAAUGCCGACUAUGAAAGUGAAAUAGAAGUUUUGAUGGAGAGAAUGAAGAAACUUCAAGAAGAAAGAGAAGAGGAAGAAGCAUCGCAAGAAGAGAUGGCCACACGUUUCGAGAAAGAAAAGAAGGAAAGUCUGUUGGUUGUCUCUGGAGGUAAUUUGAUAUCUGUAAUCUAUACAUCAUUUGAUAAUGACGUGGUUUCAGUGUCCAACUCCUCCCGCUAUAUUGAAGACCCUGGAUUCGGAUAUAAAGACUUUGCAAGAAGGGGAGAGGAACACCUGCCUACAUUCCGAGCACAUGACUACUCUUGGGAAGACCAUGGAUUCUCACUGGUAAAUAGGCUUUAUUCUGACAUCGGCCACCUUCUAGAUGACAAAUUCCGAAUGGUCUACAAUCUCACCUACAACACCAUGGCCACGCACGAAGACGUCGACACCACCAUGUUAAGAAGAGCCUUGUUUAACUAUGUCCACUGUAUGUUUGGAAUCAGGUACGAUGACUAUGAUUAUGGGGAAGUUAAUCAAUUACUUGAGAGAAGCCUCAAGGUUUACAUUAAAACUGUGACCUGUUACCCCGAGCGAGCCACAAAACGCAUGUAUGACAGCUAUUGGCGUCAGUUCAAACACUCUGAAAAGGUCCAUGUCAAUCUGCUCCUAAUGGAGGCCCGCAUGCAGGCUGAACUCCUGUACGCUCUGCGAGCAAUCACCCGACACUUGACCUGA